AUGCUGCUGAUACUUAUAAUUCUGAUUUUCUCUCCGGUCGACGGAGUUCAGGUAUGCGAACGCAGAUGGAUUCUCUGUCAGAACUUUUAUUCCCUAGUUGCUCUCUAGUUUUAUGAGGUUCUUCUCUCAAGCGUUUAUCAGAAUCAUUUUUCUUCCACAAAAAGAAUACAGUUGAGAAAGGGAAAAGACUUUUUUCGAACAAUUGGACAUUUAAGUUUGUUUUCUAACCUGUAUAAUUUUCUUCUAUUUAUCGUGUAAAAAAACUGUCUCUGACAGUGAGAACUAUUGUUAUUCUUACGAUGAAACUUUUCAAAUUAUUUUGUUUAGUAUCUCUGCUAACUAUUUCGAAAGUUUUGAAAAAUGGCUAAAUGAUCAAGCAGAACUUUUCGAACGGAGUUCAAUGUCUAAAAAAUGAACUUGGUUCAAUAGAAGUGCUCCUCACAAGAAGAAUGUGAUUCGAAGUGGCCCCAGGCGGAAUGCAUUCGAGGAAGGUUCGUCGACUGAUUGAAACGGUCUCAAGCCUCAGAAGCUUCAGAUGCCGAUGUCCGCCGAAUACGCUGCGGAAGCCGAGUGAGACUCGUGGCUGGGUUUGCCUCUCAGUGGUCGAUGCAGGUGAGAUGCAAGUCAGGUAGUGUUCCUAGUCUUUUGCAGUCAGUGGUCAGUCGGGACCUCCACUCACCUGUCCGACGCCUGAAGGCGCUGGCUACCAGGUAAGUUGACUCUCGAAUGCUCUCUUGACUCUUUCAGGUAAUUUAUCGAGAAUCCGGCGAGUUGGCAAUGUGUUCGACGAAAAAGAAAGGUGGCUGUCCGCCCGGCUACGAGUGCAUUCAAGGCCUCUCAAUAUUGGGACCCCUCGACGGCGUUUGCUGCCCGGAUAGAGGUCGCUCCAAUUAGUUUUUGAAAGAACUACUCACUUUUCAGAAAACUCUUGCUCACAGCCCAUCUUCGACCACGAAGACGGCAAUCUAGCUAGAUGGGGAUUUGAUGGCCAAAAAUGCGUCCUAUUCAAAUGGAAUCCGGAACGUCCGUCGUCCGCCAACAACUUCAAAACAAAACUGAACUGUGAAUACAACUGUAUGAAUGAUUUUCAGUAUGAUAUUUUGAUGUGA